AUGCUGACCUUUGGUCUUCUUUUCUUUCUCGAUUUAAGACCAAAAUUAGACCAGGUUGACGUUCCUACAUUUAAAGAUAAUGGUGCCGAAAUUUCUUUCUUCGAUUGGGAUCGUUGGGAAGAAAGAUUCGAUCGAGAUACAACAAUCGCAACAGGAAUAAAGAACACUAAGCGUGAUUCUUUCGAAUAUAUCGCAUGCUCAGUAACUGUAUCAGGUACAUUUGAACAAAACUUUGCUUUUGGAGCAGGAUUAGCUUCAGGUUCUGGCGGCGGCAUGUUUUUCACUUUCUGUGCAGUAAACAUACGUUACGAGACCAAAAAUGUCGAUUCAUUUGUCAAUAACUCCGCAGCUGUUGGCGGAGCAAUAGCUUGUUUAUAUUCACGUAUAUUCAUGGAAAAUGCGAUCUUUACAUAUAAUAGAGCAUACCGUUGGGCCGGAGCUAUCUGGUUUCAAGGUUACGAACGCAGGAAUCGCUUAUGUCCUUUCUUUUGUGAAUCAAAAGCCUGCGAAUUCAAGAAGAAUGUAGCCAAUGACCUUGGUGGUGCAAUUGUACUUACAUGUGCUGCUGACUCUUACUUCGAAAACGUCAAUUUCAUCGAAAACCAGUGUGGCAUCACUGGAGGAGCUUUUUACCUUGUUGAAUCUCCUGCGAAGUUCUUUAACAGUGACUUCCUCAAGAACCAAGCCGGCGACACAAAUAUCAGAAAACUUACAGCAAACAACUUUAAUAUUAAUUCCAAAUUGGCCGUGCGCUUCCGUGGACGCGGAGGAGGUGCCAUGGCCUUCAUAUCAUACACAGAUUACAAAGAGGCAGGUGAAGGCUGCAUAUUAUACACUCAAGGCUGUUGUUUCUUAUUAAAUAAAGCUACAUACGGAUAUUCUUUCAGGGCAGAUGGAACGGGAGCUGGCCACGUCAUUCUCUUUGAAGGAUUCUGCCUUUGGCACUCUUUCCACGACUGGAUGUCCGGAAUUGAAGAAAAUAAUAUCGCAUACGCGAACAGAUACGCAGAAAAUGGAACGCUCGAGAAGAAUGUAUACUAUGCAUCAGAAGAGACAUGCGCAGACGUAGUUUCUCCCGAAUACGAACCAGUUACAAGCAGAGCAACAAAAUUCAAAUUCGCAAAGCCCUCAAAUAAAGCUGGAAAGUCAUCAGGACCUACAUUCAUGCCAUCACCAACAGAUUUCCCAGACAAAGCUACUCCAAUUACUCAGCUUCCACUGAGAACAACAAGAUCUGCAAAAGUUUUCCCGACAACUCAAGUUUUUCCAACUUUCAAACGCCUGACUGUUCACAGAACCCCAACACCAACACCUCUCCCUUCAACUCCAAGGUCUACUCCGGAGGCCACCGGAUUAACUCCAUAUCCGACACCUGUUCCUUCACCUUCUCCAACUUUGGCUGAUACACCAAUGGACACACCACUCGAAACACCCUAUAUGACACCUGCAAAGUCUCCUACAAGGUCUCCAAAGCCUACACCGGCAAAUACUCCGGAAACUCCAUCUGCCACUCGUACGCCACAACCGUCCCCUUUACAAACGGUUAUUCCACGUUCUCCGGCCAGGUCACCGCGAAAAACACCUAAACAGACCAUUCCACCGGCCACAACGCCUCCUAACACACCUAGAAGGACACCGAAGAAGACCAAGAAGGUCCUACCAACGCCAUCUCAGUCUCCAAGGAAAGGAUAUUAUUAUUCUGAGACUGAAACGAAGGUUGAGACAGUAUUAGUCACUCUGACAACAACAGACAAGGCAACAUUUACAAAUGCACUUGUCAAAUUCCACAGCAAAUCAACUUAUUCCAAUUCAUUGACAACAAUUGUUGAACAGAUGCAAACAACCAUAAAGACAUUGACGAAAACAUCGACAUCAACAUUAGUUAAGGCCGAAUUAGGCUUCAAUUCUGAUGAAGAAGGCAGUGAUUUGGCAAUUAUUAUUGCAGCCAUUUUCUCUGGCUUAUUGCUUGUUCUUGUCGUAUCAGCAUUCAUCUGGUUCUUCAUCGGAUACACGAGAUCUUCUUCUUCAUCCGAUUCCGCCGUUCAAAUGGAUGAAGUUCAUCUUCUCGAGACUCCUGCACCAUCUGCACAGACACUGGCUGAUGAAAACCCACUGUGGUCAACGUCUGUGAUGGGAGAUAACGACGAUCCAUUCAGAAACGACUUUGAAGAAGUUCAUGCUGAUGGAUUCUUCAAUGAGAGAGCAGAAACUGCUGAUUCUGAUAAUUAA